AAAGCAGUAUAUUCGUUCGAUCGGAACAGUUGGAAUCGAAGCAAGUCAAAAAUUUAGCGACCGAUGAGACGACGACGGCUCGAGUGUAAAAGCUGCGAAUUUUUAUGUGAUUUUGUAAAUUGUGAGGGCUGGGAAAAUAAAGAAAUAGUCGCUACUGAUUUUUCCAAAUUGUAUACGCGUGUGAAACAAUAAGAAAUAUGCGUAAACGCAAGUUGAAGUGCUAAACAGACGAAUACAAAUAUAAUUGAAAUCAGGCGAGCAUUAAUUACGAUUAAAAUAUAUAUAUAAACUGAAUUGAAUCAGAAAGGAAUGAAAAAGUGAAAUAGUGUGGCCAGCGCGAAAAACGUGAAGCUAUUGCAUAUAUAGCAAAGAACAUAAAGACAUCGCGGUGGAGAUCUUUAGGAUUUUGCCGAUUUCAGUUCAUCAUUUGCGGUAGCUGCGAAUUAUUUUCGCAGCGCGAACACUACUUCCAUAUGUAUAUCCGUACUCUAGAAAAUUGUUGAAAAACAAUGACUUCAAAAAGAUUUGUGAAAUUUGAAUUCUAAAUUCAAAGACCCAUUAAGUAAUCUUCCUUUUUUUCAGCAUAAUAAGCUGCAGGAAUAAGCUGUGUAUUAAUUAAUUGUCUAUUGUCUACAAUAAACAUACACACACACACACACGCACGCACAUAAAAUCAGGUAGUUGAUUAGCGUGAGAGAGCAACAACUAACGCAAGCUUUCAAAGUAUUUUUAUGUUACAGACUGAAAAGUACGAGUUAGCUGCUGAUCGUACUCUGGAAUUUGUGGGUAAUAAUAUUUUCAAAAGAAAGCUACGAGUUAAAAUUAAACGAUUGAGAGCAUACAAUUUGGAGGAAAAUAUGACCACAGAUACCCGCCGACGUGUUAAAUUGUACGCUUUGAAUGCGGAGCGGCAAUGGGAUGAUCGCGGCACCGGGCAUGUAUCUUCGAAUUAUGUCGACCGGCUUAAAGGUAUUUCAUUGCUGGUGCGUGCCGAAUCGGAUGGUUCUUUACUUUUGGAAAGUAAAAUUCAACCCGACACCGCCUACCAAAAACAACAGGACACACUGAUCGUUUGGUCAGAAGGCGAUAAUUUCGAUUUGGCAUUGAGCUUUCAGGAGAAGGCCGGUUGUGAUGAAAUAUGGGAGAAAAUUUGUCAGGUUCAAGGUAAAGAUCCAUCAGUUGAGAUAACGCAGGACAUUGUUGAGGAAUCCGAAGAUGAACGUUUCGAAGAUAUGUCCGAUACAGCACCACCCAUUGAAUUGCCGCCAUGUGAAUUGGCACGUCUGGAAGAGAUCUCCGAAACCAUACAGAAUUGUUUGACCACACCGUUGCGCAAGGAGAAACUCUCCAUGGCUUUGGAAUCCGAAAAUUAUAUAAAAAAAUUACUAAAUCUAUUCCAUGUAUGCGAAGAUCUCGACAAUACCGAGGGUUUACAUCAUCUCUUCGAGAUUUUCAAGAAUAUAUUCCUAUUGAACAAGAAUGCAUUGUUCGAGAUUAUGUUCGCCGAAGAUACUAUUUUCGAUGUGGUUGGCUGCCUAGAGUAUGAUCCAAGUUCCACUCAACCAAAGAAGCAUCGUCAGUAUUUAAAACAAUGGGCCAAGUUCCGCGAAGCAGUACCGAUUAAAAAUCAAGAUCUGCUCGCUAAAAUCCACCAAACGUUCCGUGUACAGUACAUACAAGACAUUAUAUUGCCUACACCAUCGGUAUUUGUCGAAGACAACAUGCUAAACACGCUAUCCAGUUUCAUAUUUUUCAACAAAGUGGAAAUUGUCACACUCAUACAAGAGGAUGAACGCUUUCUGGUUGAUAUGUUUACAAUUCUAACAGAUCCAAGUACCAGCGAUGCCAAGCGUCGCGAUAUUGUGCUAUUCUUAAAGGAAUUUUGCAAUUAUGCACAGAACUUGCAGCCACAGGGCAAAGACUCUUUCUAUAAGACACUCACCUGUUUGGGUAUAUUGCAAGCGUUGGAGAUAACACUGGUGAUGAACGAUCAAAAGACAAAGUCCGCUUCAAUCGAUAUACUCACUGCGAUUGUGGAGUUCUCACCGUUGGUGGUGCGCAACUACACACUACAGCAGGUCAAUCGCACAGAAGGUGAUCGUAUGUUAUUGAAUAUUGCCAUUGAACAAAUGUUGAGCGAUUCCGAGCCCGAACUUGGUGUCGCAGUGCAAUUAAUGGGCAUCAUAAAGAUUUUAUUGGAACCCGAAAGUAUGCUAACGGAGAAGGCCGAUUUUCUGAACUUUUUCUACAAACAUAGCAUACAAACGCUGAUUGCUCCCCUACUUAUUAACACAAUCGGUGAUCGUCCAGAUAGUGAAGACUACCAAACCGCACAAUUGCUUGGCAUUGUCUUGGAUAUAUUGUCAUUCUGUGUGGAACAUCAUACUUAUCAUAUUAAAAACUUUAUCAUACAAAAAGAUCUCCUAAAGAGAAUACUUGUGCUUAUGAAAAGCACACAUACGUUCCUCGUACUUGGCGCACUUAGACUUUUAAGGAAAAUUAUUGCACUUAAAGACGAGUUUUAUAAUAGGCAUAUAGUUAAAGGUAACUUAUUUGCACCAGUUGUUGACGCAUUCAUUAGAAAUAAUGGCAGAUAUAAUUUACUCGAAUCGGCUAUACUGGAAUUGUUUGAGUUUGUAAAACUUGAGGAUAUCAAAACACUUUGCGUCUACUUCGUGGAGAAUUUCAGUAAAAUAUUUGAUGAAAUCGAAUAUGUACAAACAUUUAAAUAUCUCAAGAAUCGCUACGAUCAGUAUCAAGACCGAAUAAAGGAUCGCGACAAGAUGUCGCUGGAUACUAGCUUACCAAUUAUACGUGGUCGCUUCCGCCGUGAUCCGCGACAGAUGGAUGACGAAGAAGAGAUGUGGUUCAAUGAGGAGGAAGAUUUCGCCGAUGAAUAUGAUACUUACAACAGCGUGAUGAAAUCCGUCACAGAAAAGAAUGGCCCUUCACAAUCUCCGUCACAACAAUCAUCGAUACAACAAAAGUCGCCACCACAAGGUGCAUUGCUCGGCAGCAGUAGCAGCGUAAAUAGUUUGAGCUCCACAACGACCACUGCAACGACACUAACACCGGCUGUUGGCGUGAGCGGCGUGAGUCUCAGCGAUGUGGUUUCGAAUGCGUCCAAUAGUAGUAGCCUUGAUCAUGCACAGUCUGCCGCCGCUGCUGCCACACAGGCGCAUUUAGGUGCAGCUGCUGUGGCCGCCAAUAUUGCGCUCCAUCAUCAACAGCAAACGGCAUUGCAUAAUUUCCAACAACAACAGCAGCUAAAUUUAAAUAGCACCCUAGUGGCAGCAGCUGCAGCCGCCGCGGCUGGUGUGGCCAGCACAUCGGCAGCUAGUGCCGCACAUUUGGAGGCGCAAAACCAACACCAACAUCAACAGCAGCAUCCACAUCAACAGCAUCCAGAGCAUACACACGAGGAUCCCGAUAUUGUUGAAUUGCGUCAGCAUUUGGUUUCCAUUGUACCACAGCAUCAAGAAUUAACAUUCGGCGCUUCCGCCACGUCAUCCGCCACUGCCGCAUCAGUGCCCCCAUCAGCAUCGGCGGUAGCUGCGCUGCAAUCGCAGUCCUUAUCAGCAACAUCGAUAGCAGCGACACCAUCCACUUCGAGUGCGCUGUCCGAGUCGGCGGUCGCCGCUGCAGCAGCAGCCUCACAACUGCUAACAUCGAUUGCAUCGAGUGAUGCUGUAGCCGCGGUGAGAGCGGCUGCCGCAGCCGCCGUCGCAGCCACAGUGACUGGCGUAACGCCCAAUAUGGGUGGUGGCGGCGGAGGUGGGGUGGUAACUGCGGCGAAUUUGGCAGCGGCUGCAAAUGCUGCGGACACGCUGGCGCUCAAUGUUGGCAAGCACAACGACAGUGUCGAAACCUUGGGCAAUGGCAAAGAUGCAGCUAUUUCGUCCAUUGUGACUGGGGAGAGUAUUUUGAAGAAGGGUCUCGUCGACUAUGAGAGCGAUUCGGGCGAUGAUGAUGACUACGAGGAGGAGGAUGAAGAGGAGUCGCCGCAUCAAAAGAAGCCACGUAUGGCAUAGCAAAAUUACGCUACUAAUGCAGCGGCCGCAGCAGCGGCGGCAGCAGCAGCAGCGGCAGCGGCAGCUGCAGAAUCAAUUAUUAAAACAUUCGCAACAAUGUCUUCAACACAUUACAACAACAACUGCAACAAUUUGUAAAAGCAAUAGCCAUAUAAAGAAAACAGCAACAGCAACAGCAACGCUUGCAGUAGUAACCAGUGCCGUACGCAAAAGUACAUGCCAACAGCUGCAACAACAACAACAACAAUUACAACAAUAGAUGUAACAGAAAUACAAUAAACAUAGAGCAGAUAAUUAGCGUUAAUAAAAUAAUAAUAACAACAACAGCCAGUUGGAUGAAUGUGACAGAACAACCACAACAACAACAACAGCAACAACCGCAACAACUAGUAUAGCCAACAAACUAAAUAAGAAGAAGCAGAAUUAAUGCGAACAUAAGAAACUCCGAAGGAAAGAAACGUGUUUAAGUGUUGAUUGUAUUGUUUAUACGGACACUGCAGAUGGAUGGGACGGCAGACAAAAUUAAUAUAAAAUAAAAUGAAAGAAACGUACAUACAUAAUUAUACAUAGAUACAUAAAUACAUACUACAUACAAGUAUAUAACGCGUAAUCUACUAGAGAAUAAAUAAUAAAUAAAAUAAAAUGAAAUUAAAUUCGCAAAAUACUAAUUAAAUAAAUUUUGUCGAACUAUAAAUACAUUCAUACAUAAUAUAAUAAAUAUAUAUAUAUAUAUAUUUAAAUGGAAGAGCUGAGUUGAUGAGAGUACAUAUGUUGGAAGUCAAACAAAAUUUAAAAGCAAAAAAAAAAUGAGAGAAAAAAAAAACAUAAAACACAUCAAAGAUUACAAAUUGCCAGAAAGCAAGUGCAGUGUGAAGGAUGAUGAAAGUUGAACCACAUGCUUCAUACAUUUACUUUAACGAAAUUAACACAAUGUAAUAGUCGUCAUCGUCAUUGUCGUCGUCGCAAUGUUAAAUCUAAUUUAAUGGGGACCGCUAAAUUAAUUUGAAGGAUAAUAAUAAGUAUACUUAAAUUAAUGGUAACAACAUUUCUACUAUAUAUUAAAACGAUGCAAAAAAGCCUGCAGUGUGCGGUCAAAAGUGCAGUUGUUAAGCUGCCGGCAGAGUUUAAUUUUUCAUAUUUUCAGUUGCGCUUAUUUUGAAGUUGAACGCGCUUAACAACAGUUACUUGCGAUAUCACAUUGCAGUGCGCGUUGUCGUGUGAAUACAAAUAAAUUGAUGAAAUUGAAGGCGGAAAAGGAAAUGAGUUGUAAAUUAAAAAGGAACAUUUUUUAAUUUUAUAUAAACUUUAUAAUUUUUGUAAUAUAAUUUUAUUGCUUUUUCAACUUCAAAACUUUUAAAGAAGCGUAGUGCUCCGCAGAGUGACCAUCAUUUAUUAAAAAUUAUUAAAAAUAGUUUACAGUUUUCCUAAAUUAUUCAGGUUAAGCUGUCGCGAUAAUUGCUUCGUACAACAACAAAUCUAACCGAACAUUCACACACAAUCAGACGCAAAAGUCCAAUCACUUAUUCACAUUGAACCAAGUUUUAGUAUAUAUUAAAACAUAACGAGACUAACCUAGUAUUUUUCAACUAAAAUCAAUUUUUGAAAGCAACGAUUUUGUAAUAAAUUAUAUAAAAAUAUUUUUGCAUAUGUAAAAUAAGAGCUAACGUUAAAUUUAUGCGCUGUCAUAACAUGUUUUAUAGAAAAGCUUGUAAUUGCACUAUAUAUGCUUUAUAUAAAUUUUUUCUUAAAAUAUUUUAUUAAAAAAAAUUUUUAUUUUUUAUUUUUUAUACUCAAAAACCAUGUAAUAUACACUCAUAUUGUUAAAACCAAUGAUUGUGUGUAUUUCCAUUUGUUUUUGGUACAUUGCAUUUAUUUUAUAAUAAUUUUUUUAAAUUAAUUAUUAUAAUUUUCUGUUUUCUUUUUAUUAAAAAUCAAUUAUAAAAGUCAUUGAAUACCAUUCGCAGCGUAUAUAGUGUAAAUAAUUUAUUUUAAAAUUUUUUUAACUAAAAAAUAAUAUUUUUUUAUCUAACACUAAUAAUUUCCAAUUUUUUUUUAUCUGAAAAAUGAUUUCCAAUUUGUUUUUUUUUAUCUAAAAAUAUAAUUUCCAAUUUUUUUUAUCUAAAAAAUAAUAUUUUUAAAUUUUUUUUCUAAAAAAUAUAAUUCUAUACGGUUCCUAAUUACAAAACUUGCUGCAUUGUGAAUAUGUGUCCACUAUACGCUGAUUGUAAAAUAAUAAGUUAAGUUCCAUAACUCGUUCUUGAUAAUAAUUAUUUAUAGAGGGUUGUAGAGGUGUUACUAAUAAAAUAUUUUUUAUAAAUUAUUUAUUUUCUCAAUUUAUUGAAUUUUAAUUUUAAUUUCUUAUUUAAUAUUUUUUUAAGUUAUUUUUAUGACACACAGAGCUUUCUAAAACCACUAAAUUUCAACUCAUUUCCUUUGUACCACCUUUCCACUCAAAUUUGUGGUGCAAUUUUUUUUUCCAAAAAAAAAAAAAAAAACUUUGUUUCAAACACUUCCAACCGAAUUCAACUUCUGACCAGAUAAUUUAACAAAAAAAAAAAAAAACAAAAUUGAAUUUAAAUUUGCACUUUCACAAAACACACAAAAAAUCUUAAUACAAAAAUUGAAAAACCUAAAAUAAAUUCGAAUUGUAUGUAUGUUUUCAUUAGUUUUUAUUGUAAUAUAAACAAAUACAUAUACUUUAGUAUACACAAUUGAUUACGUUUAGAUCCAUACAUAAAUAUAUAUUAUGUAUUAUAUUAGUUAAGUGAAAAAAAAAGAAAGUAAAGAACAAAAUAAUAAAUGAUAUGUACAAUAUAUCAUUAAUAAACGUAUAUAUUCAUAUACAAAAACACAAAAAUAAACACACACACACACACAAGAACAAUGAUAAUAACGUAAACCCGGCUCCAUAGGCAUAAACACACACACAUACAUACCUAGUUACAUACAUCUUUAUAGUUUACGUACAAUAUAUGCACAUGGCUAUUCUGUAGACUUUGCAGGCUUUAGUAUAACGAAAAAUUGUUUCCAAAGCGAGCACACUUCAAAUUGCUUAAUUUGUAUAAUACAUACAUACAUUUAUUAUUUCACUCAAUUAUAUGGUUUGUCUGUCGCUUUUGUUCACUACUUUCCCAGUUCUAAUGUCUGGAUGUUGUAUGUUCAAAUUUUGCAAACCCCACGCUGCAGUGAAAAUUUUUUCUCAGUUUUAGUUUAUUUAAAUUUUACUUUCUACUUUGUUGUUAUAUUUUAUAUUUUAAUUAUGUUAUAAUUAUCGUUUUAAUUUUAUAAAAUAUUUUCUUCACUU